AUGGCACCCGCAACAAUUGUCAAUCAGCUCCCUGAAGCUGAAGCUACAGCCACCACCAACCCUGCCAAUGGCAACGGCAAACCCACCACCAAAGACAAAGGCGAACUUAACUUCUCUAGUUUCCCCAAACCCACGAAACACGAUGAUCCGUACAAGCAACGACAGCACUUGAAGGAGCGUUUGGCUCUAGGUUUCCGCAUAUUCGCCAAGAACGGUUUCGAUGCUGGUGUCGCUGGCCAUAUCACAGCUCGGGAUCCCGUUGAGCCCAACACGUUUUGGCUGAACCCAUUCGGUGUCCCCUGGCCGCUCCUCAAGGCCUCUGAUCUCAUUCGUGUAGACGAUAAGGGAGAGAUCGUAGAAGGUGGCCCUGUGAAGCUUCUCAACACCGCUGCGUAUAUGAUUCAUCAUGCAGUCCACGAGGCCAGGCCAGAUAUCAUCUGUGUUGCCCACUCGCACUCGCUUUACGGCCAAGCCUUCUCCGCUCUGGGCCGUAACCUCGACAUCAUCAGUCAGGACACGUGCGCCUUCUACAACGACAUUGUACUCUACAACAGUUUCGGCGGUAUCGUCCUGGGGAAAGAAGAGGGGCUCCGUAUUGCAGAGGCACUGGGCGACAAGAAGGCCGCCAUCUUGCAGAACCACGGCCUCAUCACCUGCGGCAAGUCGGUCGAGAGCUGUGUUUACUGGUUCCUCAGCCUCGAGCGCUGCUGUCACCAGCAACUUCUCGCCGAUGCCGCCGCCGGUGGUCGUAGUCACGAGACGGUGAAGGUUGAAGUGGAGGAUGCUGAGUUUACGUACAAGUCCAUCGGAACUGAAUACGCUGGAUGGUUUUCGGGGAAACCGGCUUUCGAUAUGAUGGAACACGAAUCCGGCGUAUCGUACAAGAUGUAA